AUGUCAUCCAAACCAGAGGUUGACUACACGCUCUACUUAGUCACUGACUCUACACCCGCUAUCCUGGGAAACAAGGACAUUGUUCAGGUAGUCGAACAGGCCAUCAAGGGAGGUGUGACCCUCGUGCAAUACCGAGAUAAACAUGCCGACACCGGUGUCAUGAUCGAGACGGCUGCAAGGCUCCAUACUGUCACCAAGAAACACAACAUUCCACUUCUGAUCAAUGACCGUCUAGAUGUCUGUCAAGCCAUAGGCGCUGAAGGCGCUCACAUUGGCCAGGAUGAUAUCUCCUACCUCGAAGCAAGGAGGAUCCUAGGGCCCAACGCUAUUAUCGGGGUCACUGCGUCGUCAAUACAGGAGGCCGACAACGCCAUCCGGGAGGGUGCUGACUAUCUGGGCAUUGGAACAACCUUUGCCACCCCGACCAAGCAAGACACCAAAUCAAUUAUUGGCACCAAGGGGCUGCAGGAGAUCCUGGGAGCCACCAUGACGGGGACUGAGCACCCCAUACCGUGUGUGGCCAUCGGCAGCAUCAACGCCACCAAUGUCCAGCGUGUCCUGCAUCAAUCCGCUCAUGGCACCAACCGCCUCAACGGCGUAGCCAUUGUGAGUGCCAUUAUGGCGUCUCCGAAUCCUCAAGCCUCCGCCAGUGAACUCCUCUCACUCAUCAAAACAACCCCUGAGAAGUACUACGCUGCCGUCCCACCGGGCAUCAUCGCGAUCACCACCGCCUCCGAACUUCUAACACAAAUCCCAACUAUCAUUAAAACCCAUGUAACCUCUUCGCCCCUAAGCCACAACAUGACCAAUACCGUGGUGCAAAACUUUGCAGCCAACGUGAGCAUUGCGACGGGGGGUUCGCCCAUCAUGUCGGAGAGUGGGCCAGAAGCACCAGACCUGGCCCGGCUCGGCGGUGGACUCGUGAUCAAUAUGGGCACAGCGACGCCAGAAAAGCUGGCGACAUUUGCCGCGGGCCUCAAGGCAUACAACGCCGUUGGCUCGCCGGUCCUGCUGGAUCCUGUAGGUGGAGGCGCCACCGCCCUCCGCCGUGAGUCCAUCAAGAAUCUCCUGGCCGCGGGCUUCUUCUCCAUUAUCAAGGGCAACGAGGGUGAGAUUGGUGCCGUGGUCUCUGCUGGAGCAUUUACGAGUCAGCUAGCACUCUCUCAGCGCGAGCAACAACAGCGAGGUGUUGAUUCCGGGCCCUCGACACUCACUCGUGAUGAGAAGAUCCAGCGCGUCAAGUCGCUCGCUCAACGUGAGCAUUGCAUCGUUUUGAUGACGGGUGCGACGGACUAUCUAUCGGACGGAGUGCGGACUGCAACGGUGUCAAAUGGGUCGCACUUCUUGGGCAAAAUCACCGGCGCAGGAUGUGCACUCGGCUCUGUGAUUGUGAGCUAUGCCGCCAUUUAUCCACAGGAUAGGUUCCUUGCCACGCUGGCUGCUUUGUUGCACUAUGAGCUUGCCGCCGAGAAUGCGGAGGCGAGGGCUGAUCUAGUCAGAGGCCCGGGCAGUUUUAUCCCAGCAUUCCUAGAUGAACUGUAUUUGUUUGGCGAGGAGGUUAAAGUGGGAAAAGGGUUGGCGGCCAAAGGGUUGCUGGAAGGGAGAGCCAAGGUCGAGCUUGUUUGA